AUGCGCGUUAUAAAAGGAGGAUGUGAAUUUGUUGGUGGACUAGAGAUAGAUUGGAAAUUUUUUACAAAGGAUAUAAAUUGUCAUAUCGGGGGCACUGAUUCAAAUUUGUUGAUUACAAAGCUUCAGAAUCAUAAAGAGAAUGUUACAAAUUUUAUAUAUGAAUACAGAUGUGACAAGAAGCAGUUAAAUGCUCUCUUUUGGGCUGAUGACACUUCAAAACAAAACUUUGAGUUAUUUUGGGACGUUGUUUCGUUUGACGCAACAUAUAGUACAAACAGGUAUUGUAUGAUAUUUGUAUCUUUUACUGACAUUGAUAAUCACAAAAGGUGCGCCACUUUUGGAGCUGGUUUGUUGUGCAGAGAAGAUACAAAUUCCUAUAUUUGGUUACUUCGAUCAUUCUUGAAGUGUUUUGGAAAAGCACCAAUCAUGGUCGUGACCGAUCGAGAUCCAGCAAUGAAAAAAGCUAUUGAGAUAGUAUUUCCAUACACAAAACAAAGAUUUUGUAUGUGGCAUAUCACAAUUAAACUUCCAUUGAAGGAGAAUAUUAAAUGGCAUAUUUUUGAUAAUAUAUUAAAUGAAAUGCCUUUUUAUACUAUAUUAUAUUCUAACAUAAUAAUAUAUGAAUUGUUUUUUAAGGAUGCAUUAAUGAUAAAAUAUAAGUUACAAGACAAUAAAUGGAUGAAAGAUAUGUUUGAUUUGAGAAGCAGUUGGAUUCCAGCCUAUUUUAAAGAUGUACCGAUGUCAGGUCUAAUGAGAACAACUUCUCGGUCGGAAAGUGAGAAUUCAGCAUUCAAUAGGGUAUCGCAUCAUGGUUAUACGUUAAACAAUUUCAUGAAUGCUUUUGAGUAUGUUAUGGAAAGGAAAAGGAAUAAUCAGAUCAAAUUUGAUUUUGAUACAUCUACUAUAAUUCCAAUCAUCAAAAAACCUCUUGAAGAUAUGGAGAAACAUGCAUCUAUGGUAUACACCAGGACUAUUUUUCUCAUGGUGCAGAGGGAGAUUCUUCAUUCACUUGUUUCUCGUUCACAGAAGAGUGUUACUUCAGGCGUUGUUUCCGACAUAUGCAUUGUCAAACGUAAAAGGACAAAUCUAUUGAAGAAGAAGGUUGAAUUCAACAAAGAAGAUCUAAUGAGAUGGAGAAGAGAUAUUAUCCCCACCACAAUUUUGAAAAGGACGUUUAGAUAUGGUGAUUCAUCUGAAAAUAUUGACAAGGUUACAUACAAAGCUUUUUCCAUGCUUGAUCAAUGCUUGUCUUCAUUAAGUAAUGAUGACAAGAAGUUAGAAGAGUUCAUGCAAAACCUAGAAGUUUUUAUGACUGAUAUUGGUGAACAAGGUUCAGACGAAUCACCUGUUACAAAAGAAACUCAUAUUGAUAAACUUUACGGAGCUACUAUGAAUCCUGAAGUUGUUGAUGUUGAAAAUUCACCUAUUGUGAAGAAUAAAGGUUCUAGUACAUGA